AAGAGUAUUUCAGGCGCUGUGGACACUUAGUGAAAUGCACCCGGUAUGAAGUUAUUAUACACUAAGAUUAUACAGUUGUUAUGAAAGAUUAUAUAUACGGUUGUUAUCAAUUAUUGGGAAAUUGCUGUAAUCAUGAGCUCUUGACUUGUCGAGUUUUAUAAAACGUUCAUUAAAAGCAGUUUACUUUUAUUUCAUUACAUGACUUAAAGCUAAUAGGAAAAUUAUUCAAUUUAAAACAUUUUAUGACAACAUAUAUCAAGAUGGAUAUUAGUGGUAUGAGAAAACCAUAUGGAAACAAACAAACAUUAUUUUUGGAAAAAGAUAUCAAACUUAAAGAUCCUAUUGCUUUAUUUGAGGAAUGGUUCAAAUUAGUUAAAGAAAACCCAAAUACAGUGGAAGCAAAUGCAAUGUGCGUUUCAACAGCCAAUAAAAAUGGUAUACCGUCAGCCAGAUAUUGUUUGUUGAAAGGAUAUAGUAAAGAUGGCUUUAUUUUUUUUACACAUUAUACAAGUAGAAAGGGAAAAGAAUUAGAAGAAAACCCUUAUGCAGCUCUUACAUUUUAUUGGGAUCAAUAUAAUAGAUCUGUACGAAUUGAAGGAUGUGUUGAAAAAUUGCCAUUUUCCUAUGCUGACGAAUAUUUCAGUAAGCGCCCAUAUCGAAGCCAAAUAGGAGCUCUUUGUAGUGAUCAAAGUAAACCUGUAGAAAGUCGAGAGAUUCUAGAAAAACAGGCCAAAGAGCUGGAAACUAAAUAUCAAGAAGGGCAAGUGCCAAGACCACCACAAUGGGGUGGUUAUAUUGUCAAACCAACAUCAUUUGAAUUUUGGCAAGGACAAACUGAUCGAAUUCACGAUAGAAUUGUUUUUAGAAAACCCAACGACAAUGAACCAGAUGGAAAACUAUCCCAUCAAGCAGCAGAUGGGUGGAUAUAUGAGAGAUUAAAUCCUUAAUACUGUUUAAAUAAAUCCUUUUUACAAAAAGUUGUUUUACAGAAGUUAUAAAAAAUAAAAAAAAUAUUUAAAUUGUUAUUUUAUAAAAAUUCUAAUCUCAAUAUCUCUCUUUUCACUCCCUCAUUACAUUGCCAACACUGUCUAUAUUUAAGUAUUUUUUGUUCAUCAAGAAAAUCUUGAAAAAGAUGUAUCCCACCUCCUACUCCAAAAUAAUAUGAUUUUGCAGCUAAAAAUCUUAGAAAUUCCACGUUAAAGAAAAAACUUUUUCAAGCACUUAGAGGUAAACCUUGAACUUAUACAGGUGUAGAUCUAUCCUACAAACAUGGUUUUACAUAAAAUAAAGUAUAACAUAUGGAAAAAUGUUUAUUCAUCUAUAAAUUACUGAGGGAUCUAUCCUAUUAAUCUAAUUGUUGUGGUCUUUCAAAGUAGUUAUGACAGUUACACUUCUUGAGAGACCCCAAACAAACCUACAUUUAAAUUAUACACCUGGUUUCAAAAAGGAUACACCACACCAUCUUUCUUCAACAAUUUUUCAAAAACUAAAUGAAGUUUGGCAUAAUAAUUCUUAUUAUAUAUGGUUUCAGAAGUUAGAAUAUAAUCAAACUUUUCAUUGGGAUAUCUUUCUUCAACUAAUGUUACAAAUGAAUCCCAAUCUCCAGAAAAAAAUUUGCUGUCCUCAGUUUCCUCACAAUUUAGUAAUACAUUUGGUACUGUGAUAUUUUGUAAUACUUCUAUAUUCUACAAAUUAAAAUUAAAGUACAAAAAUAUGUUUUUCUAAUGAGCUUACAUAAUCUUGAAACCACGAUUUUGAUCCAUUUAAUAGAGUAAAAAUUCCUAGAAUCCCAGAGCCACAUCCUAAAUCCAACACUAAUUUUUCUUUAAAAUCAGUCCUAUUGUGUAUGAAAUAGUCUAAUAAGUCAUAUGUACAUUCCCAUAUUUUCAAACCACCUAGAAAUUGUUCAGUUUUUUUAAACAAAAUUGAAUAAAUUCCUCUACACCUACCUUCAUAUAUCGCUGGUAUAAGGUCAGAGUGCUUAUGUUCUGCUUUAAGUAUGCAAUCUUCUGUUACAUUUGGUAUCUCUUUUAGAGCGCUUACCAAAGUCUCUGAACAAAUAUACUUAAUUGAUAAAUUUGUCAACUUCAAUACUUUCGUCUCGAUUUUAUCGAGUUUAAAUUUCACAAAAUUAACAGACUGUUCAAGAAGUACUUCUUUACUUUGAGCAUAUAUUGUUUCUAAGGAUUCAAUGUUUACAUCUAAAAUUUGUAUAGUUUUGUCAAAAAAACGUCUAGGAUAAUUAAAUAGAAUAUCGGUUUUGAUAAA